AUGGCGGCUGCCCGCGGGACCGGGCCCGGCGCCGUCCCCUGCAUGGGGAUGAUGAUGAUGAUGCUCGGAGCGCUCUGCCUCCCGCCCUGCGCCAGGGCCCAGACGAGGAUCCCGCUGGAGACGGUGAAGUCCUGGGCAGAUGCCUUUGGAGGGGAGCUGUACUCCAUUGUCACCAAGUAUUCAGGCUCUCUCCUGCUGCAGAAGAAGUACAAAGACGUGGAGCCAACUCUGAAGAUCAAGGAGGUGGAUGGCCUGGAGCUGGUGAAGAAGUUCUCGGAGCAGAUGGAGAGCAUGCUCCGCAGGAAGGUGGAAGCUGUUGAGAGGCUGGUGGAAGCAGCAGAAGAUGCAGAUCUGAACCACGAGUACAACUCCUCUCUGGAGUUUGAUUACUACAACUCUCUCCUGAUUAAUGAUAAGGAUGAAAAUGACAAUUACGUGGAGCUUGGGGAUGAAUUCAUUCUGGAGCCAAAUGAGCAUUUCAAUAACCUGCUGGUGAACACAACCUACAGCGAUAUCCAGCUGCCCACCAAUGUCUACAACAAAGACCCAGCCAUCCUCAAUGGGGUUUACAUGUCAGAAGCCCUGAAUCCCAUUUUUGUGGACAACUUUGAAAGGGAUCCCACACUGACCUGGCAAUACUUUGGCAGCUCCACCGGAUUCUUCAGGCUGUACCCAGGAAUAAAGUGGUUACCAGAUGAGAACGGGGUCAUCUCCUUUGACUGCAGAAACCGUGGCUGGUACAUCCAGGCAGCCACCUCUCCCAAGGACAUUGUCAUCAUUGUGGAUGUCAGUGGCAGCAUGAAGGGCCUGAGGAUGACCAUUGCCAAGCACACCAUCGUCACCAUUCUGGAUACUCUGGGAGAAAACGACUUUGUCAACAUCAUUGCAUACAAUGAUUAUGUUCAUUUUAUCGAGCCCUGUUUUAAGGGUAUCCUGGUCCAAGCAGACAGAGAUAACAGAGAGCACUUCAAGCAGCUGGUGGAGGAACUGCAGGCAAAAGGAGUGGGGACUGUGAGCAAGGCUUUGACAGAGUCCUUCAAAAUCCUGAGAGAGUUCAGAGAUGCUGGCCAAGGAGGUUUGUGUAACCAAGCCAUCAUGCUGAUCACCGACGGAGCCGUGGAGGAUUACGAAGCUGUGUUUGAAAAAUACAACUGGCCCGAUCGGAAGGUGCGGGUGUUCACGUACCUCAUUGGACGGGAGGUCACUUUUGCCCCGAACGUCAAAUGGAUCGCCUGCAACAACAAAGGCUACUACACUCAGAUCUCCACACUGGCAGAUGUCCAGGAGAACGUCAUGGAGUACCUGCACGUGCUCAGCCGGCCCAUGGUCAUCAACCACGACCACGACAUCAUCUGGACCGAAGCCUACAUGGACAGCGCGCUCUUUGCCUCGCAGGCGCAGAGCCUGCUGCUCAUGACCACCGUGGCCAUGCCGGUGUUCAGCAAGAAGAACGAGACGCGAUCCCAUGGCAUUCUCCUGGGUGUGGUGGGCUCUGAUGUACCACUGAGGGAGUUGUUAAAACUUGCUCCACGGUAUAAGCUGGGUGUCCACGGCUACGCCUUCCUGAACACCAACAAUGGCUACAUCCUGUCACACCCAGACCUCCGUCCUUUGUAUAAAGAAGGGAAGAAGCUGAAGCCAAAGCCAAACUACAACAGCGUAGAUCUCUCAGAAGUGGAGUGGGAAGACCAAGAUGAAAUACUGAGAAGUGCUAUGAUCAAUGGGGAAACAGGCUACCUCUCCAUGGAUGUGAAGGUCCCCGUGGACAAAGGGAAACGUGUUCUCUUCCUCACCAAUGAUUAUUUCUUCACUGACAUCAGUGGCACACCCUUCAGCCUGGGUGUUGUGCUGUCCAGGGGGCACGGGGAGUACAUUCUGCUGGGGAACACUUCAGUGGAAGAAGGUUUACAUGACCUGCUCCAGCCAGACCUGUCUUUAGCAAAUGAAUGGAUUUACUGCAUCACCGACAUCGAUCCCGACCACCGCAAGCUCAGCCAGCUGGAGGCUGUGAUCCGUUUCCUCACUGGAGAGGAGCCUGACCUGGAAUGUGAUGAGGAGUUGGUCCAGGAAGUGCUGUUUGAUGCAGUGGUCACUGCCCCCAUGGAGGCCUACUGGACAACAUUAGCCCUCAACAUGUCCUUGGACACCGAGGCAGGCAUUGAGAUGGCGUUUCUGGGCACUCGGGCUGGACUCAUGAGGAGUGCCCUGUAUGUGGGCUCUGAGAAGAUUUCCAACAAGAAAUUCCUGACACAGAAGGACAAGGAAAGCAUCUUCACCAUGGACCACUUCCCUCUGUGGUACCGCAGGGCGGCCGAGCAUCCCCCCGGCAGCUUCAUCUACAGCAUUGUCUCGGAAGAUGAUUCAGAGGGGGGUGGCCUGCCAAAAGUGGUGACAGUGAGCACGGCCGUGUCUGUGUCUGUGGACGGGAAGAUGGGAAUUGCUGCAGCUGUGGGUGUGCAAAUAAAGCUGGAUUUGCUCCAACGCAAGUUUUGGACGGCCAUGCAACAGCCCAAUGACACUGAUUGCAGCGGCCUGGACGGCGCCUGUCCACUCAGCUGUCAGGAUGAUAUUCUGAACUGCUUCCUCAUUGACAACAACGGCUUUAUACUUGUUUCCAAAAUACCUGAAGAGAUGCUGUUGAAAGAUGAUCUGAGAGGGAAGGGAAAGACUGGAAAAUUUUUUGGUGCAGUGGAUGGCUCAGUGAUGACCCAGCUACUAAACAUGGGCAUGUUCAGGCGAGUGACCAUGUAUGAUUACCAGGCCAUGUGCAAGGUGCCCUACCACCACCACAGCGGCGCCCGGCCCCUCCUCAGCCCAAUUUAUGCCUUUGUAGCUGCAGUGAAGUGGCUGAUAAGUGAUUUCCUCAUCUUCCUUUUGGAGUUUAACAUGAGUAGCUUCUGGCACUCAGACAACUUGGCAGAUGCCAAGGCUGUCUUCCACCACUCUCACAGGCACAAGAAGCACGACACGCUGCAGCCCUGCGACACCGAGUACCCCGUGUUCGUGUACGAGCCGGCCAUCAGGGAGACCAACGGGCUCAUCGACUGCGGAGACUGCCAAAAGAUGUUUGUGGCACAGCAGAUCAUCAGCAGUAACCUCCUGCUCCUCGUCACGGACACCGUCUGCGAUUGCAGCGUCUUCCCACCCGUCCCAAUGGAUGCAAAAGAGGUCAAAUACAACGCGUCCGUCAAGUGCGAGAGGAUGCGCUCGCAGAAGCUGCGCCGCCGGCCGGACUCGUGCCACGCCUUCCACCCUGAGGAGAAUGCCCAGGACUGCGGUGGCGCUGCUGCCAUCGCCGUGUGGCCGACGCUGCUGCUCCUGCCCCUGGUGCUGCUCCUGCGGUGACACUGCCCGGGGCAGCCACGGACCCGGCGGGACACAGCGGGACACGGCAGGACACGGCAGGACACAGCGGGACACGGCGGGACACAGCGGGACACGGAGGGACACGGCAGGACACGGCGGGACACGGCAGGACACGGAGGGACACGGAGGGACACGGCCCCUGCUGGGACACCGAGGGUCCCCCGCCGCAAGGGCCAGCACGGUGCCGGCCAGGAAGGCUCCUCGGAAGGUUGUGGCCAAGAGACGCGAGAAGCGGCAGGGGCAGCUCCUGUCACAGCAGCUCCUCCGUGACCCCGCUCACGGCCAUCCUCGCCGUAGAGAGCAUCCUCCAGCAUCCUUCCUCCCUCCCUCCCUCGCAGCCAGCCGGGCUGCAGGCGGCAGAGCUGCCUCGGGGAGAGCCACCGCGCUUUUGAACAGCCGCCUCUGGCAGCAGCAUGUCCUGCUCUCGGGGGAGGGACACGGCCCCAAAGCUGACCUGCACCACCCUCCCCGGCAGCUGGGCAGUGGGAGGCAGCACAGCUCGGCUGGGAGCUGCAGCCACGCCAAGGAAACCUCUCCUGACGCUGCUAGAGCAUCCAGGUUCUUGUCCACACGUGGACUUACCUCUGGAAAGGGGUUUUGUGUGAACCACCAGAGUGGUGGCUUAGCUGCUCUCUUCAUUGCAGAAGCAGCUAGGAAACGGGCACUUUUCCUCUCAGAACAGCUGCCCUGCCAUUGCAGCUGCCCUUGCUUGUCCCUGCCCUGAGCCUGGCAUUCCCAGCUGGUGGGCACGGGCCAUUUCUCACAGAGCUUUAUGGACAACGGGUGAGGUGCACCCAUUUUUCUUUUUUUUCUUGUUUUUUCUUUUUUUUGUAUGAACUGUUCCAUACCAUCUCAUUAAAAACAAAUAUAUGGCAUAUUCUACAUAGACACCAUAGCUUCAGCAUGUUUGGUGGUUACACAAAUCCCAGAAACUCGUGGGGACAGGGUGUGGGUGGGGGGACUGCAAACACAGCUGUGCUGGCCCCAGGGUAGGACAGCAGCCAGGCAGAACCUUUCCCUGCUCACUCUGGGAGCCUCCUGCAGCCCUGCAGGUCCCCUGUGUCACACCAGGAUGUCACCUCCUUCAGGACAAGAGCACUCCUGGCUCGCUGCCUGACAAGCAGCACUGCCCACACGUGCCCAGGGCUCCUCUCCAGGCUCUCUCCUCUCAAGAGCAGCUGGGUGGGAAAGAACUUUAUCCUCCCAGCAGGUCUGCCCCUGCCCAGCAGACACCCACAAAUGCACUCCAGGCGUGGUAGGGACGCUGGCCUUCCUGCCCCCACAUCACCUGGCACUGAGGGGACAGAUCAGUCCCAGCCAGGUCCUGGCAGGGACCUUCCAGGACCUCAGAGCUCCCGCUGUGGGGUUUUGCCUGGAGGAGGGCGGUGUUACAGCAAAGAGAAGAACCACUACAGUACUGGAAAUAAAACUGGAGGUGGAGAAGGUUCCAGGCUUCAGAGGCAGUGACCUUAUCAGAGCCAGCAGCAGCCACGGAGGAUGAAGGCAGGAUGGAGAAGGGGUGGCUGUCAAGGCCGAGGGCUGGCCCAGCUCUCGCAGGGUGCCUGCCCUCCCAGGGCACUGCUCUCAAGGAUCACCUCCCUGUCAGAAAGGAUUAGCAGCCCCAUGUGCACUCAGCUCAGCCAGGACAUAGAAAUGCACAUUGCUGAGCUGUGGAUGAGCCAUGCCUGGCCUCAGGUCACUAAUCCACGAUAAACACGGUCCUGCAGGGACACCUGCACUGACAGAGAGGAUGAGAGUUAUUCCUGCCUUGCUUGGCUCUGUGAGUUUGUCCACAGGUGCUAACUGGAGGGAAUGGGACAGGGGUGAGAACUGGAUUAUGUCUUAAACUGAGAAAUGCCAGCAAAGGUUUGCCUGACUCGAAACCUGAGCUCACACCAGAACAGCUUCCUGGGUUGUUGGGGUUUUAUUGUAGCAAAGCAGAUCAUAAGCAAACCUACCCAAUUCUGGGCUCCAACAUGGGGUUAAGCUAAUUCCAUUUCAUGCUCUGACAGAGAUAGUGACUCAUGGCCCUUUCAGCAAGAGAAAAAUCCCCAGGAAGAGCAGCUGCCUUAGCUUCCAACUUCUUCAGCCAUGUGCUGGGCACAGCAGAUGGAAAUAGGUCAGCAAAAACAAACAGCAGCCGAGGCCGGAGGAUCCAAGCGGCAGCGGAGCAGCUGCAAGAGGAGCCAUCCCUCCCUUCCAGCAUCCUGGUGCCAUCCUGAUCCCCAAAGCCCAGCUGUCCCUCCUGCCAGAGCCCACCCAGAGCAGAGCUGCAGGGUUUGUUCUCCCGGGGGAAGAUGCAGUGGGAGAGAAUUCCCUAGUGCUGCUCUGCAGGCAGGGCUGCCCAUUGCCCCUCGCUGCUGCACAGGGCUCCACAGGCCCGACAUCCUCAGCCGAUUUCCCCGCAGGCAGGGGGACAGCGAGCUGGGAAUUCUGAAUUCUCCCCGUGACACUCCUUGCUCUUCAGGAAGAGCCCACUGCAGGCUGAGGUAGGGCUGGAUGUGCCCCAGGAGGGCAGGGACACACAGCGUCACACUGCUGGGACAGAGCAGCUGCUGAUUUCAUGGGGGCUGAUUUCACUCUGCAGAGCAGUGGGCAAAUCAGCCCUGCAGUUCCAGGCACAAAACGGGGCUGGCCUGAGCUGGUUUGGGCUUGGGAGAGACUGGCCCAUGCCAGGCUGGGCAGAGCAGGGUGCCACAUGCUCCGGGGGCGCUCAGAGGCGUGGGGGGUGUGUGGCCCAUCUGUGCCACGGGGAAGGAGCAGUCCCACAGCUCUGCUUGGUUCUGUGCACGCCUCAGGCUCCUCAGGAUGCUUUUUCUGCUGAGCAAGCCCAGUGGAACUGUCAGCACAGAAACCCUGGGCUCUCCCCAGCCUCUGCUUGCAGGGGAGGGGGGCUGAGAUACAGCAGAUACUUCUGUGCUGAGCAAAUUCUCCACAGCAAGCAGAGAGGGAGCAUCAAAGGCCCGUGUGCCAAACACUCCAUCAGCAGCUGGGCCC